GAGACGCUGGGCGGGAAAGCCUAAGGUGAUUUCCUAUGUGGAAUCGCUGAGGGACAACCUUGCGUACCACUGCCAUGGACCCAUUCCUGGUGCUGUUGCACUCGCUGUCCAGCAGCCUGUCGGGCAGCGAUCUGAUGGAGCUCAAGUUCCUGUGCCGCGAGCGCGUGAGCAAACGAAAGCUGGAGCGCGUGCAGAGUGGCCUGGACCUGUUCUCGGUGCUGCUGGAACAGAAAGACCUGGAGCGCGGGAGCACCGGGUUGCUGCGCGAGUUGCUGGCCUCUCUGCGCAGACACGACCUACUGCAGCGCCUGGACGACUUCGAGGCUGGGGCAGCGGCCACUGCAGCCCCGGGGGAGGAAGAUCUGCGGGUGGCAUUUGACAUUGUGUGUGACAAUGUGGGGAGAGACUGGAAAAGACUGGCCCGCCAGCUGAAGUUGUCUGAGGCCAAGAUUGAUGGGAUUGAGGAGAGGUACCCCCGAAGCCUGAGCGAGCGGGUAAGGGAGGCUCUGAGGGUCUGGAAGAAUGCCGAGAGGGAGAAUGCCUCCGUGGCUGGACUGGUCAAAGCGCUGCGGGCCUGCAGGCUGAACCUGGUGGCUGACCUGGUGGAGGAAGCACUGAUGGCCCAGGGAUCUGUGAGCAAGAGCGAGGAUAUGUCCCCAGUGCUGAGGGACUCAACUGUGUCUUCCUCAGAAACACCCUGACAAGCCUGCAGCUCCUCUCAGGAGUCAACUGUGGACUUGAUCACACCAUGAUAUAGUACCAAGUGCCUUUUGUGCCCAGUUCUAAGAAGACCUUGCUGAUCCAGGCCGGGAGCUCCUCACACCAGCUCCUGGAUUAUAGCUGUAUCUAUGGAGCCUUUGCCCCCUGGGCUUUGGGGACACAUGAAAGUUCCCCUUUGUGUUCUCCACCACUGCUCCUUCCCCCUGAGAGGUCCCUGGUCUUGUGAGGAGGAAGUUAAAGUUAAUGGCACAUGCGCUGACUGCAGUUUGAGAGCCUUCCUAUUGUUCCUUGGAGGAAGACACCAGCUCAGUUCAGAGCACUUGGUUGCCUCACAGUUGGCCAAGAGGACAUCUGUCUCAUACACUGGGAGGCCAUCAGAGAGCAGUUCCUGACCCCCAAACAAACGCAGGAGCCCUGUGAGGACUGAUUGUAAAGUUCACCACCAAAAUCACUGGUUCUGUGAAGGACUGUGGUUUAAAGGGCAGCACCCUGCCUCCACGGUGGUCUGCAAGCAAGUGCCCUGGGCCUAGAGGUAGUGCUCACUCUGAAAUCCUAACACUUGAGAGUUGAGAGCUGCUGCGCUUUACGGCAGCCUGGGCUACAAAUGAGACCUUUUCACAAAAAUACAAAAGCAAGUGCCUUUACCUGGAGAUAACUGUGUCACCAGGAAAUCCCAUUAUAUUAAGGACCCUUCUAAUCUCAGAAGUCCCAACAGGCUGACUACAGUGUGCUUACAGCCCUGGGUGCUAGCUGUGAAUGGGGUGAUGUGACUUCCUGGUUUUCACACCAGCAGGGGCCCUAACUGCCACACUGGGCAGCCAAAUAAACCAUUCCUUGUCUCAGCUUUCCAACCUUUGCCUGGAUGUGGCUGUGCAUAACUUUGAUCUUAGCUUUUUAGGAAGGUGGAAGCAGGUGGGUCUCUAUGAUCUAUGAGUUCAGGGACAGACUAGCUUACAUAGAGAACUACAGGCCAGCUGACAGUAACUGGAAAGACCAUAUCUCAAAUAAAUAAAAGUUCAUGUGACAGUAACUAGAAAGACCAUAUCUCAAAUAAAUAAAAGUUCAUGUCUGGAGAAGAGGAUCCUAGUCACAGCUUCUCCUCACAGAGUGAAGAGCUGCACCUCAUGGUCCUAACCUAGUCUUGGCCUCGCAAGUGACCAACCUGGGGCUUAUGCUCAAACACUGAGCAGUCAUUUCCUGGCACUUGGGUUUAUGCCCUCAUUUCCUCCUCUCUGCUCUGCCCAUCUACCAGGCAGCUCACCCCUCAGUAUACUUGGGCUCUCCUCAACCCCCUCCCCCAUUAUUGGUCCCUUCACUCCUGCAUUCCUUGGGUUGCAGCCUCAAGCCUACCAUGUUCUUCAGCCCAGCAUCUACCCAUCUGGCUGUUCUGCUCAAAUUCUUGGCCAUUGAGGCCUCCUGAUCCCUCUGGGGACUCAUCCUGUUUUCUCUCAUCAUUUCUCACCUGGCCACGGUGCUCUUGGCUCCCUAGACUAUGUGUAGGCCUGUAUAGGGUGUCUGGUGGGUGUCUGCUGUCAUUCUUUAUACCUCCCCCUUCCCCCAUUUUAAAGGGUUUUGGUUUAAGACACAGUUUCCUGCAACCCAAGUGUAACCUAGGUUGGCUUCAAGCUCACAGUGUAACUGAAGUGACCUUGAACUCCUUUCUGAUCAUUCUACCUCUGCCUCUCAAGUGUUGUGAUCACCAGUGUGGCAACUUCGCUCAGGCCCAAGUCUUCAGAGCUCAUGCUCUAGGAAGCCUGGGCAACCCUACUGAAAGUCUUGCUGAUGCCCUUUAACUGUCCUGUGGCAAGUCACAGGUCAAUGGGCUUACGUGUCAUGUUUUUUGUACAGCUCAGGAGUCCAAAAUGGCUCUCCAGAGUUCAGCUCAGAUAUGAGCAAGCCAGUUUCCUUCUAGAUUUAAGAGACUAUCCCUUCAUUGUGUCACUUGCUGUAUCCCCCUCUUCAAAUGGCAGUAUCGAGUCUCAUUACUACUGUUGCAGGGCUUUUAGGCCACCAGAGAAAUUUAUCCCUUUGUACAGAGUCCCUCCUGCCAGGUUGGGGAUUAAAACAUUAGUGUCAUCAGAAUGAGCACCCCACAAAUCUGCAUCUCCCCAACUUGUGCCCAGUUUUGCCCUGAGCACCUCAACAUAAAUUCCUCCAGCUGCUAAUAAUAGCUACUCAGAGCUCCACACCUCACAGGUGACUCCUGGCCACCUUGCCUGCCCUUCACUCCUUACCUCCCAUCAGGGUCUUGGCUUCUGCCUAUCCUCCACCAAGGGCUGGAACCACAGACCCGCCUGUUCCUAGAAGCCAGCCGCCCUGCAUAUUUUUAGCUUCCUAUUUUUGAAUUCCACAAUCAUUUCUGAGUCAUUCAACUGACUGCCUUCUGGUCACAAGGUCCCAGUGUGAGCUGUGUUUCAAAUCAGACAGUAGAACAUGAUGUGAUGGAAUGUGUGAUGUAUCCACCAUGGACCAUGGCCCUCCAGGAGCUGAUGAAAAGCAGUGCUGGUUUGCUGGAAGAUGUGGGACGCCCACAGAAUCUUGAGUCAUGUGCUGAGUGGAUGCUUGCCUGAGGGAUAUCUGCCAGCCAUGGGACUUAUUGUCACCAAGACUUUGCUGAGCCAAAGCCAAGUGACAGUGGAGUGUUUUAGAUGUGGCUAGAACAGGACAGCAUGGUAGGCGUGCCUGUGGAGGUCUAUAGCUUCCAGACUCCCAAAGCCUGGAUGGACUAUAAAAAUGAGGUCUGGUCCCUGUCCAUCAAAAUAAGGUGAGCAUAUUGGCUCAUACCUGUAAUCCCAACACUAGAGGCUGAGGCAGGAGGGUCACUGCAUUUUAAGACCACCCUGGGCUAAAUAGACCUUAUCUCAAACAAAAAAGGCUGGUGAGUCAUGACGUAUACACCUGUAAUCCCAGCAUAUGGGAGGAUCUGUUCGAGGCGGCGUCUCUUAGUGAAUCCAAGUCCAGUCUAAGCUACAUGAGACCCUAUCUCAACAACACACCAACCCCACUGCCAAAACAAAAGCCACACUGCAUAUUUAGGUAGGAACAGGAUUCCUGUAGAGUGCAGAAGACAGUCCCUGUGCUCCGUGGUGCCUGCAGCACAUCAACUCCCAACACCUCAAGUCCCUGAACUUGGUGAUAGAUGUAGGUGCACACCUAAUUACAUUGUUAAUUUAAAUUCUAUUACUUUGGCAGGCUUCUCAUUUAUUCUUUUAUUCUUGGUCACAAGGUCUAGAAGAUGAAUCUCUGCCCAGUUUUAUAUGUGGCAGAGGUCCAUUGUUAAUAAAAGCCUGGGACAGUGGCACUUUUUCCAGUGGGUCCCCUGGCUAGAGGCAGCAGGACACAGGCAGUGCCCUCCAGGUGAGGUCCUCUGUCUCCCUUGCUUAUAGCUAAGGCCUUGCUGAAACUGCCACCAAUUUGACUAGACCCACGGCUAGCGUUUUCCCCUACCAUCCUGUGUCCUUGAGAGGCCUACUCAGGCUCAUCUCAACAGCUUCUAAAUAAAGUCGUCACUUUUUCAGAGUUUGCACAGGGACAGUGGAAGACUCCUGUAUCCCCUGGCUUUCCCACCAGACAGGAAAGGCACAUGCAAAGAUGCUGAGUCUUCCUUUCACUGGAAGGUCAACUUGGGCAGGGACAGUCAUCCUCUGGGGCCAAGCUUGUCCAUUAGUGCUACAGGGGCCCAUGGGAGAUGCUCUCCACUUGCCAAAUUACCUCAAGCCCCCUUAGGGCUGGAACAUCCGAUGCAAAUCAAUGGCUGCUUACAUAUACUCACGCUGUAACAGGCCCCCAAACCUUAGCACAAUUGAGGCCAUGAUGGAGUACCAUUCAAGGCCAUAAAAA